UAUGAGGCAAGAUUAUUGCAAAACUCUAUGUAUUCUUCACGUUAAAUUUGGGCUUAGCUAAUGUGAUGUAAAAAAUUUUUAUGAGUCAUUUUCAUUAUGGUCCGAGCGUCAGUGUUUAUACGUUUAGUUUUUGGUUGUGAAGAUUGCAAAAGAAUAUAUAUUUAUGAUAAAUGGCUAAAUAAUCGUACCAUGAUUUUGUCUUAUUUAAAGGGUAACCAAUAGCAACGUGUAUUUAUCCACAAAUAUUUACGCAGAAAAUCUAUAAUACGGAUAUCUACAUGUUUAUAUAUUAUACGUAUACAUCUAGACAUGCAAAAAAAAGCACACGUAUGCACUUUACAUUCCCAUUGUUCAUUUUCCCCAUUGCCUCACCGCUCGGACAUACGAAUUGCGCGUACAAAAACGUUUGGGCGUGUAAAUAGCUCGAACUCCUGUCACUUUCUUAGUUCCACUGGCACACACUGGGUAAACAUGGAACACCCACUGAGUCUAGACGAGACAUUAGCUGGCAUUGCCAAAAUUUUUGAAAAAAGACUUGGAAAAGAAUGCCCAAAGACACUGCUGUCAUCAUUAGUGCAGAAUGUAGAAAAAGCAGAAAUGAGUGAAGAUGUUAUAUCAAUGUUAGACAAAAAAAUCAAAACAUGGAUUGCGCAAAAUAAAGUCAGCCUUAUAGACGCAGAUGUGCCUUCUACAAUUCUUCCCUUUGGGUACACAGCAAGCCUUGUCGAUGUAAAAGUUAAAUCUCGGGGACCAGAUGAUACAAUAUACAAGAAUAAUCCUGAGAUUCGUAGCAUGAUUCCUCGAGGGCUUACGCUGAUACAUUUACAUGGUCAGGAAAAAAAAUUUGAUGUCAUACUUUAUGCCAACAAAAAGUUUACUGGUGGAGUGGGGGAUGAAGAUGAAAGUCAGCCAGAAAAUGAUGAUAGUUGGAGAGAGUACUGCUUGGCUCCACCUGAGACAGCUACUGACUUGAUCUGUAUGACAAAACUAAAUGGAGAAGCAGCUCAUUUUAGUGGAAGAUUUUUGUGUGGUCAAUUCUACAUAAUCACUGGCAGUAAAAAUGUUCACAUGAUUUUAAAGAACAAGGAUGAGAUUGAUCUGUAUGAAGGAAGCAGGUACAGUGUAGCCAAGGUUAUUGCAAGAGCUGUGUUUGAGGCAUUAGAAAAGUUAGAUCAAGAAUCCCGCCACCUGGUUUACAGUCUUCUUCAUCACACCAAAAGUACUGUUUUAAGUGAAAUUCUUCAGCCUAAACAUCAGCACAUUGUAAACUUAAGCUCUAUAGAGAAACCCGGGAUAAAUGUCAUCAUGCUCACACCAACUUUUAUAGAUGAAGAAGAGUCAAGCUUGACAGCAUUUCCUCCUCACCAUAUGCUGGACAUGAUGGGUGCUCUAGGCUUUACAUGUACGCCUUUUAUGGUUACCUCUCCAGAUACAAUGCCAGAGCAAAAGGAAAGG